GUUUUCAACAUAUACGACCGGAGAAGUCAGUCUCAUUCUUCGGUUCAAACAUUUGCCAGUGUCAUUCUCAAGGCUCUCUGGCCUGGCUUCUAAUUAAAGAUUGGCUCAGCCUUUCAUCGGAGUCGUUUCAAUUUAAAUUAUUUCAUCUAGGACAGUGUUUUAUUGACUUUUGAGUUUCAAUGGAAAAUGCUUUUCUAUUAGAAAUCUUGGUUCCAAUAGCGGUGUUUUUAGCGUUGAGCGUCUUUUUCGUUAUGAUGUUCGUCAAAAACAGUUGGUGGGAUUGUCGGAAGAAGGACGAGAAAUCGGAAAUAGCCAGCAACAACAUUCAAGCGGCCACACAUCACAGAAGCCAUGGUAACGGCAGCAGCAGCAGUGGCGAGAGUGACGUGACGUUUAUCGACUUGCCGGCCUUCGGCGCCUGCUGUUCGCUCCAGCAUCCGGCCUCGGAUUCUUUGCACGCGAUUCAUCUGCACAGAACCAAAAAGGAGGACGAUCCUCCGCCAACCUAUGAGAUGGCCAUGGCCAUGGGUUAUUUGACCCACGAACAUCACUCUUGUUUGCACCUUGUUUGAUUUCCACAUACAUAGAAUUGAUGUCUAAAUUAAUAAUUGUCGGAAAUGUCGGUGUUACAUGAUUGAUUAUAUGUGUACAUCACCUGCAUACAUGGCGGUAUACCUAUAAAAAUAUUGGUGACAGGCUAAUGAAUAACUGUCAAUCCUCGAUACAAUGGACGACAAAUCAA